GUGACAUCUCAGAUGUUUACUUUUUGAUUCAAAACUCCUUUUCUUUAUCCAAAUUUUGCAGUUUUUCUAAUUUUAUAAAACAUUAAAACUAAUGGAAGAUUUAAGAGAUGACCAGAAAAAUUUCUUUCGAUCUGGUGUUUGUCAUUAUUGUAAAAAAAUUUGUCUUCCUAUAACGAGGUGCAAAUCCUGCAAAAUAUUAGCUUAUUGUUGCAAGGAUCAUCAAGUUAAAGAUUGGAAAAGCCAUAAAAGGCUAUGCCAAGUUAUUGCGAAUGAAGAACCCCUUCCAAUGGUACUCGGUGGAUUUGAAAGUAAACUCAAUUCUUGGCCGCUAUUAGCCAGUUUCAAGUUUGCCGGGCCACUACCAGUGCGGGGUCUAAGAUUUUUUGAAUUUUUAAUCUGUUUUUGCAGAUAAAAUAUUACA